UCUCCCACACGUUGAGUUCGCCUACAACAAUUCUGUGAACCAGUCUACUGGGUUGGCGCCCAACGAGAUCCACAUGGGACGUAUCCCGCGACUUCCGCUUUCGGUCUUCGAUCAUCCCUCAGUCGGUGGUCAUCAAAGCUUGGACCGUGAUCAACUCGAGUAUUGCAACCUGGCAGUAGAUCGGCAACGCCGAGCGUACGACCUGGUCCGAGAGUACAACGCUGUGAAAAAUUCGAGAGUCGAAUGCCGCAAUUCAUCCAUGCUGGACGCCAUCAACAAGAUUCCGAAGUUUACUGUUGGAGCGUGGGCUUGGGUGUACAACACGGCUGCUACGAUUCGCCAAGGUGCGCGCAAGGACACCGAUCAACAGGUGCUCAAGGCCAAGUUCGCGCUCUCCUGGACGGGACCCUACAAAGUACUUGCUGUGGGGCCAGCCUCUGCGAAAGACACCCCGGACGGACACCCAUUGGCUCACAAACUGCUCUACCUUGACCCUCCUUCUGAUCUUUCGGGCCCAGCAGCUCGUUCGAGGGUGUCUGUUCUUCGUUGCAAGCCCUGCCGCAACCCGUAUGAGACGGACGAUCGGCCACAGUCCAUGCCUGCAGAACUCUCUCGCUAUGUUUUGCAUUCUUUCGGAGAUAAGUGUCCGCCGUUUCAUGUCACCCCAGAUGAUGUGUCGGCGCCGGUGGGACGUCUGAAGGUUGACUACAUUUCGGGACACCAGCUGGUGCGUGGGCGUAGAGGCGUUCUCGCUGUCCUGUAUCACACGCAUUGGAUUGGGCUUGCUACUCCUUCCUGGGAACGUGAAUCCGACCUCGAGCAAUCCCGUCGACACAUCCUUUUGUAUUGGUCUCGGGAAAUUAGCCAAAGCAAGCAGGGUAACCGCGCUUACCGCAACACUCGGACGCGCGCGGCACAGCGGGAGCUCGCACGGACUCGUGGAGAACGUUAUCUGCCCCCGGGAGCCGAUCUUGUACUUCACGAGACUUGGCUUCGCCGUUUCAGUUCUUCGCCCUUACCCGUGGGAGCGAGGCUGUGGUACAAGGCUCGAGACGGAUUAUGGUGGACGGGACUUAUCGGGGCUCAUCAGGGCGACUCUUACAUUGUUCGGUUCCUCGAUGAUCCUGGGCCCACCGUUCUUCCCCUGCCUGAGGAUCUCUAUUCCACCGCCUUAAACGCCGUCUGUGGAUCCUGGUGUCUGGAGAAACAUCGUUCCCGCCUUGUGGGCGACAUCAGCGUCCGCAUCCGUCUUCCCGCUGACUCCUUACCGUCAGCCGUCCCCACGGUUUCUUCUAAGUGUUUGGUAUUUCAGCGCCUUGCGGGGACACUUCCCAUUUUUUGUAUGUUUUGUGUGUUUUAUUUUGUUUUAUGCCUUCCUUUUCAUUGGUGAUUUGAUUUUCUCAGAUCUUGCGUCUUGUUUUCGCUUCCUCCGUUUUUUUUUUUGCGUUUUUUUGGCUUCCUAGUUCUGCUCACUUCUGUUUGACAAACUGGGACCGAAAAGAAAAGAAAAGAAGAGAAAAGAAAAGAAAAGAAAAGAAAGACCUGCCAAAACCGCUAACCCGGUCCUCGGUUCCCAGUGUUCUG